GUCUUCCUCGCGUCACCGGAAAUGAUGAUGAUGGGGACGCUACCCCCUUGCUCCGUUCAAACCUGGAUGGCGGCAAAGCAGAGCGGCGGAUGUAUAUUUCUGGGGUAAACUGUGAAGAUGCUGAAGUUUAAAUAUGCCGCGCGGAGUCCGACAGAGCCAGCUUCCAUGGAGCCCAUAGCUAGCCGUGCUUCUCGGCUGAACCUGCUCUUUCAGGGGAAGCCACCCUUUGUGACUCAACAGCAGAUGUCUCCUCUCUCCCGGGAAGGCAUCCUUGAUUCAUUGUUCGUUCUUUUUGAAGAAUGCAGCAAUCCUGCUUUAAUGAAAAUUAAACACGUAGGCAACUUUGUAAAAAAGUAUUCAGAGACUGUAGCUGAGUUACGGGAACUGCUACCCAGCAUGAAGGAUUUUGAAGUAAAAAGUCUGGUGGGAAGUGGUCAUUUUGCAGAAGUACAGGUGGUGAGAGAGAAGGUGACUGGUGAUGUCUAUGCUAUGAAGGUGAUGAACAAGGAGUCCUUGUUGGCACGAGAACAUGUGUCAUUUUUUGAGGCCGAACUGAGUAUAUUAUCUCGGAGUAGCGGUACCUGGAUCCCACAGUUACACUAUGCGUUUCAGGACAAAAAAAAUCUCUACUUGGUUAUGGAGUAUCAACCUGGAGGAGACUUAUUGUCACUCUUAAACCGAUAUGAAGACCAACUAGAUGAACGUAUGGUGCAAUUUUAUUUAGCAGAGCUGGUUUUGGCCAUUCACAGUGUCCAUCAGAUGGGCUAUGUACACCGAGAUAUCAAACCAGAGAAUGUUCUCAUUGACCGACUAGGACACAUUAAACUUGUGGACUUUGGGUCAGCUGCCAAAAUGACAGAGAACAAAACGGUGAAUGCCAGGCUGCCUGUUGGCACCCCAGACUACAUGGCACCAGAGAUGCUAACUGUUUUGAAUGGGGAUGGUAAAGCUUCACAUGGCCCAGAGUGCGAUUGGUGGUCUUUGGGAAUCAUUGCUUAUGAUAUGAUUUAUGGAAAAUCUCCAUUCACUGAAGGGACCUCAACAAAAACCUUUAAUAACAUCAUGAACUUCCAGAGGUUCUUGAAGUUCCCAGAAGAUGUGAAAGUCAGUAAUGAAUUUCUUGAUCUGGUCCAGAGUCUGCUAUGUGGGCCAAAGGAGAGGCUAGAUUAUGAGGGUCUCUGCUGCCAUCCAUUCUUCUCUAAAAUUGACUGGAAUAACAUCCGUAAUAUUCCUCCCCCCUUCGUUCCUACCCUCAGGUCUGAUGAUGACAUCUCAAAUUUUGAUGAACCAGAGAAGAAUUCGCGGGUUUUAUCCUCUCCGCGGCAGUUGAACCCUGCCGGCUUCUCGGGUGAAGAUUUGCCGUUUGUGGGGUUUUCCUUCAUCAGGGCUCUGGGGAUCCUCAGAUCUGAGUCUGUUGUCCUGGGGUUGGACUCUCCAGCAAAGAUCAGCUCCAUGGAAAAGAAACUCCUUCUAAAGAGCAAAGAGCUGCAGGACACCCAGGACAAGUGUCACAAGAUGGAGCAGGAAAUGACACGAUUGCACCGGAGGGUGUCAGAGGUGGAGGCUGUACUUAGCCAAAAGGAGGUGGAACUGAAAGCCUCUGAGACCCAGCGAUCCCUCCUGGAGCAGGACCUGGCAACCUACAUCACAGAAUGCAGUAGCUUAAAGCGAAGCCUGGAACAGGCACGGAUGGAGGUGUCUCAGGAGGAUGAUAAGGCGCUACAACUUCUUCAUGAUAUCAGAGAGCAGAGCCGAAAACUGCAGGAGAUCAAAGAACAGGAGUAUCAAGCCCAGGUGGAAGAGAUGAGGUUGAUGAUGAAUCAGUUAGAAGAGGAUCUUAUUUCAGCUCGUAGACGUAGUGAUCUCUAUGAAUCGGAGUUGAGAGAGUCACGAUUGGCAGCUGAAGAAUUCAAACGUAAAGCUACUGAAUGUCACAACAAACUACAGAAGGCUAAAGACCAUGGGAAAACUGAAGUAGGAGAGCUGUAUUCUAAACUGGAGAAGAUCAAUACAGAGCAGCAGACCAAAAUCCAGGAGCUGCAGGACAAGCUGGCAAAGGCUGUGAAAGCCAGCUCUGAGGCAACUGAACUUCUUCAGAAUAUCCGUCAGGCAAAGGAGAGAGCAGAGAAAGAGUUGGAGAAAUUGCAGAAUCGGGAAGACUCUAAUGAAGGCAUGAAAAAGAAACUGCUUGAAGCAGAGGAACGGCGCCAUUCUCUGGAGAAUCAAGUGAAGAGAUUAGAGACUGUGGAACGCAGAGAAAACCGACUAAAGGAAGAUAUUCAAACUAAAUCUCAGCAGAUACAACAGAUGGCAGACAAAAUUUUGGAGCUGGAGGAAAAGCAUCGUGAGGCUCAACUGUCAGCACAGCAUCUGGAAUUGCAGCUGAAACAGAAAGAGCAGUUCUAUGAUGAAAAAAUCAAAUUGCUAGAUGCUCAGAUGAAGAAAGAUCUUGCCGAUAAGGAAGCACUUGAGAAUAUGCUGCGAAGACAUGAAGAAGAAGCACAUGAGAAAUGCAAAAUUCUGGCUGAGCAGAAGGCGAUGAUUAAUGCCAUGGAUUCGAAGAUAAGGUCAUUGGAGCAGAGAAUAGUCGAAUUGUCUGAGGCUAAUAAACUGGCAGCAAAUAGCAGCCUUUUUACACAGAGAAACAUGAAAGCCCAGGAGGAGAUGAUCUCAGAGCUCAGACAGCAGAAGUUCUACCUGGAAACACAGGCUGGGAAGUUAGAAGCCCAGAACCAAAAACUAGAAGAGCAAUUGGAGAAGAUCAGUCUUCAGGACCAUACUGACAAGAACCGCCUUUUGGAGUUAGAGACUAGACUGCGAGAGGUUAGCUUAGAGCAUGAAGAACAAAAGCUGGAAUUGAAACGACAGUUAACAGAAUUGCAGCUGACCCUCCAGGAAAGAGAAUCUCAGAUUUCAGGGCUUCAAGCUGCACGAUCAGCCCUAGAGAAUCAGCUCCGUGAGGCUAAAACUGAACUAGAGGAGACUACAGCUGAGGCAGAGGAGGAGAUUCAAGCUCUCACGGCACAUAGAGAUGAAAUCCAGCGUAAAUUUGAAGCCCUUCGUAAUAGCUGCACAGUGAUUACAGACUUGGAAGAACAGUUGAACCAGCUGAGUGAGGACAAUGCAGAACUGAACAAUCAGAAUUUCUUCCUGUCAAAGCAGCUUGAUGAGGCCUCUGGGGCCAGUGAUGAGAUAGUACAGCUGCGAAGUGAGGUUGACCACCUCCGUCGAGAGAUCACAGAGAGGGAGAUGCAGCUCACCAGUCAGAAACAAACAAUGGAGGCCUUGAAGACAACAUGCACAAUGCUGGAAGAGCAGGUGAUGGACUUAGAGGCCCUGAAUGAUGAACUGCUAGAGAAGGAACGUCAGUGGGAAGCAUGGAGAAGCGUUCUAGGGGAUGAGAAGUCCCAGUUUGAAUGUCGGGUGCGAGAGUUACAGAGAAUGUUGGACACAGAAAAACAGAGCCGAGUGCGAGCAGAUAAGCGUAUUACUGAAUCCCGCCAGGUGGUAGAACUAGCUGUUAAAGAACACAAAGCGGAGAUUCUUGCUCUCCAGCAAGCACUGAAGGAGCAAAAACUCAAAGCUGAGAGUCUUUCUGACAAGCUCAAUGAUUUGGAGAAGAAGCAUGCAAUGCUGGAAAUGAAUGCACGCAGUUUACAACAGAAGCUUGAGACAGAACGUGAGCUCAAACAGAGGCUUCUGGAAGAGCAGGCAAAGCUGCAGCAGCAGAUGGAUCUGCAAAAAAACCACAUCUUCCGCCUGACUCAAGGCCUUCAAGAAGCUCUGGAUCGAGCAGAUCUUUUGAAGACUGAAAGGAGUGACCUUGAGUACCAACUGGAAAACAUUCAGGUUCUCUAUUCCCAUGAAAAGGUGAAAAUGGAGGGCACUAUUUCUCAGCAAACCAAACUUAUCGACUUCCUGCAAGCAAAGAUGGACCAGCCAGCCAAAAAGAAGAAGGGCCUGUUUAGUCGGCGGAAAGAGGACCCUUCUUUACCCACACAGGUUCCCCUGCAAUACAAUGAGCUGAAAGUGGCACUGGAGAAGGAGAAGGCCCGUUCUGCUGAGCUGGAGGAGGCUCUACAGAAAACACGCAUUGAACUCAGAUCUGCUCGAGAAGAAGCUGCCCAUCGGAAAAUAACAGACCACCCUCAUCCAUCCACUCCUGCCACAGCCAGACAGCAGAUCAUCAUGUCUGCCAUUGUCCGCUCCCCAGAGCAUCAGCCAACUCCCAUCAGCCUGCUUGCUCCACCCUCAAGUCGCAGAAAGGAGUCCUCCACACCAGAGGAGUUCAGUCGGCGUCUGAAAGAGCGAAUGCACCACAAUAUCCCUCACCGUUUCAAUGUGGGGCUAAAUAUGAGGGCAACAAAAUGUGCAGUGUGUCUGGAUACUGUGCACUUUGGACGUCAAGCUUCUAAAUGUCUUGAAUGCCAAGUGAUGUGUCACCCAAAGUGCUCAACAUGCUUGCCAGCUACAUGUGGACUGCCUGCAGAAUAUGCCACACACUUUUCUGAAGCCUUCUGUCGGGACAAAUUGAACUCUCCAGGACUGCAGCUGAAGGAGCCAAGCAGCAGUUUACGUCUGGAAGGAUGGAUGAAGGUGCCAAGGAAUAAUAAGCGUGGACAGCAGGGCUGGGACAGGAAAUUCAUUGUCCUGGAAGGAACUAAAGUGCUAAUUUAUGAUGCUGAAGCAAGAGAAGCUGGACAGCGGCCUGUGGAGGAGUUUGAGCUGUGCCUUCCUGAUGGAGAUGUAACUGUUCAUGGGGCUGUAGGAGCUACUGAACUUGCAAAUACAGCAAAGACAGAUGUGCCAUAUAUAUUGAAGGUGGAAUCUCAUCCACACACCACAUGCUGGCCUGGUAGGACACUCUACUUGCUAGCACCUACUUUCCCUGAUAAGCAGCGCUGGGUCACUGCUUUGGAGUCAAUAGUGGCAGGAGGUAGAGUUUCCAGGGAAAAAGCUGAGGCUGAUGCUAAGCUGCUUGGAAACUCCCUGUUGAAGCUUGAGGGGGAAGACCGUCUGGAUAUAAACUGCACAAUGCCUUUCAGUGAUCAGGUAGUACUCGUUGGUACAGAGGAAGGUCUCUGUGCCCUGAAUGUGUUGAAAAAUUCCUUAACACACAUUCCAGGACUUGGUGCUGUUUUCCAAAUUCACCUCAUAAAGGAUCUGGAUAAACUGCUCAUGAUAGCAGGAGAAGAGAGGGCUCUGUGUCUUGUUGAUGUAAAGAAAGUGAAGCAGUCUCUAGCCCAAUCUCACCUCCCAGCCCAGCCUGAUAUCUCACCAAACAUCUUUGAGGCUGUCAAGGGAUGUCACCUUUUUGCUGCUGGCAAGGUUGAGAAUGGACUCUGCAUCUGUGCAGCCAUGCCCAACAAAGUGGUGGUUUUGCGCUAUAAUGAAAGCCUCAGCAAGUUCUGCAUCAGGAAGGAGAUUGAAACUUCAGAGCCAUGUAGCUGUAUCCAUUUGACCAAUUACAGCAUCAUCAUCGGAACCAACAAGUUCUAUGAAAUUGAGAUGAAGCAGUAUACCCUGGAGGAGUUUCUUGAUAAGAAUGACCACUCCUUAGCCUCUGCUGUGUUUGCUUCUUCCACCAAUAGCUUCCCAAUCAGUAUCAUACAGGUGAACCCUACAGGACAGAGGGAGGAGUACCUGCUUUGUUUCCAUGAGUUUGGCGUCUUUGUGGAUUCCUAUGGAAGGCGCAGUCGGACAGAAGACCUGAAAUGGAGUCGCUUGCCUUUGGCUUUUGCCUACAGAGAACCCUACCUGUUUGUGACUCAUUUCAAUUCGCUUGAAGUGGUUGAGAUUCAGGCGCGUGCUUCUCUAGGCACUCCUGCACGAGCCCACUUGGAUAUCCCAAAUCCUCGGUAUCUAGGGCCAGCAAUUUCAUCUGGAGCAAUUUACCUGGCCUCCUCCUAUCAGGACAAAUUAAGAGUGAUCUGCUGUAAGGGAAAUCUAGUGAAGGAGUCCAACAAUGAACACCACAGAGGAUCCUCCGCUACACGCAGCUGUCCGCGCCCAUUGUUUUUGAAUGACAGCAGCCCUAAUAAGAGAGGUCCCCCCACAUAUAAUGAGCACAUAACCAAGCGGGUAGCAUCAAGCCCAGGGCCACCAGACGGUCCAAGCCACCCUCGAGAACCAAGCACACCACAUCGGUAUCGAGAGGGAAGGACAGAGCUGCGCAGGGACAAGUCUCCUGGGCGACCACUGGAGAGAGAGAAAUCUCCAGGCAGGGUUCUUAGCACCCGCAGAGAAAGGUCCCCUGGAAGGUUGUUUGAAGAGCCCAGCAGGGGGCGAACGCCUGUGGGAGGUGCAAGAACUCCACUCUCACAAGUCAAUAAGGUAAGCUGGAGCUCUGUCAAAGGUCUCAUCUCAGAAAAGUAUCUGAGUCUCCCAGUGCAGAGUGACUGUUUGUACUGUGAAAAACAUGUGGGUGAGGGGCUUUUAAAAUAAAUGUGCAAUCACAGUACAUCGAAACAUACACAUUGGCUGUGUAAAAAUCUCUUCCAAAGAGAAUAUUUCCCCACAGCACUACUUUCAUGCCAUUGCCAAGGCAGCUGGUCCAACACUGGGUGUGUUAGAGCUGUGUAUGACUACAGAACAGGUGUUGAAGGCAUUGUACAUCUGUAAAUGAGGAGGGUAUCUGCACUGAGAGGAAUCAGGCCCACACGAAAUGGAAGCGGGAUUUUGGAAGAUGAUGCUUGUCAGGAUCUCACUAUAUGGCAUGUGAAGAUGGUGGCCGUCAUCACUGGUAGGUGGGAAGAUUCAUGACACAUAGCAUUUUCCUAGACAAGGAGACACAUGGUACUCGGUAAAACUCUGCUCUGCCUCCUGCUGAAAGCCCUGCUGCUUGUGUGUCCUGGGACUACGUAUAGGAGAACAGGAAUGUUUUACUUCAUCUUGUAUAACUUGUCAUUUUAUUUCCCUGCUAGGUCUGGGACCAAUCUUCAGUAUAAGUCUCAGCUAGACAAACUUACUCCUCAUCGUGAUCUGCAGGAAAAACAAAGGAAAUGUACUGAGUAUAUGCACUCAAUGCUUCUGCUGCCCAGUUACCAAAACCACCUUCUUGGGCCAGAACUGGCUCUGCAUCAGGAGACAUGUGACUCUAACAAGGAUUGUCUGUCUCUCAGUUUAUUUCCCUGCACCUUCCUGCAGUCAUACUUUUUGCACUUUGUACUACUCUUACUCUUUCAAGCAGUUCAUAAACUUUUUGUACUCUAGCUUUAGUCCUUAACAGUUCAUCAAGGAAAUCAAAUGGGAUGAGGAUCCCAACCCAAAUCUUAAUGUGGUUAGCACCAUUUACUAGAUAAUAAAUCAUAGUUUUGAAAAAGAUGCUGGAAUUUGUCAUGGCCUUGUAAACUGAAAGGGCCAUGGUGACUUGGUUGCAAUAGACAGCAUCACUGGAUAUUCUCUACAGAGCUCUAGAGAAUUAACCUGGAUCCGUUGUUCCCCUGCCACUUUCAAAGCUCAUUCUCUGUAAAAUUGCCCCAGUGCAGCUUUGUUCAGCUGGAUGAUGAGGAGGGCAGAUCCCCUGAUUUAGAUGGUCACAAUCCUCCAAGCCCUAAAACAACGUGCAUUGUCUCUGACGUACUGGGGUACAAGACUCUUUACCCAGGUUUUCUGCAUGGCAAUUCACUGCAUGCUGCUGCACCAUCACUCUGGCUGCUCUCACCUUUUAGGUUGCUGUGCUAAGUAUUGUAUUGUAAAUUAAUUGAAACCUUUAGAUUACGCUGCAAAAUAACCGCCAUGAAUUACUGGAGAAUUUGGCACAGAAGAGAGUUACAAUCCUUAUUAUAUGACAAGAGAACUACAAUCGCUGUCCCUCACCUUCACACACCCCAGUGUUAAACACAGUCCCAUUCAGAAAUUAUAUCAAAAUCCUUAUAGUCAUCAUUUGCCAUAGAGGCCACUCCUCACAGUGAUUGACAGGUUGCUCCCUGCCCCUCAAGAAUGUCAAAGGAAAGCAUGAGAAAACAAGUGCAUGGAAUUGUCAUCUCUCAAUACAAAGUUCUUCUUUCCUGUUCUGAUUGUAUCUUGUUGUACAGUAAGAGCUAAUAGUCACGGCACUAGAGGAUACUUGCAAUAAACAGCUUUGGCGGUUACCAAACACCUCACCUUUGCUUUUGCCUCUAACCUCAAGCCAUUUAUUGCUUCAUAUUCUCCAAUGCCAUGAACAUUAUCCCUUGUAACUGAGCCAGAGAGCAAAUGAUUUUCAAGGCAGGUUUGACCAUUCAGUCUGCUUCAGUGACAUGCUGAGUAAAAAAACAUGUUCUCUAUAAAUGGAAAAGAGCAAAACUGCAUCCAGUUUUCUCGUUGGCCAAGACUUUUAUCUUCUGCUUGUCCCUUGCCAGCAAGUGCUAACCUGUCCUAGACACCCAUAAACCUCCAAAUGCCUUGUCAAUGCCCUUUGGCGAGUUUCAUGGAUAUUGUGUUCUGUUCUCUUGUCUGUUGGGUUAUUUUAGACCAGAUGAUUUGGCAGGAAACAUGCUGAAAUUUGUCUCUUCGUCUCAGUAUUUUGAAAGGUCACAGAGAUCAGUCUUUAAAUCUUUGCAUCUCAUGGAAGAUCUUCAUGACCUGAGAAAUGGGCUUGUCGAGUCCUGAAAGUGUAUAUCCUGUGUCUUGUUUGUGAAAUGCUUCCUGCUAUAGAAAUAGCUCAAAGGACUGUACAUAUUUACAAGAAACUUUAUAUUCGUAACAAAAGGGAAUUGAAUCGGUUUCUACUUUUUUAUUGUAAACUGUGCAUUUUUCAACACUAGCUUUUUGUUUUAAUGGUGGUUGUAGACAGCCAUCUUCAGACAUUGGAGGGGCCUCAGCUUAAUCUUCCCAGAUCCCAUGAAGAAAUAUUGUAACAUUAAAUUGCAAUCGAAAGCUUGUUAGCAUUAAUGAGGUUUUAGGUAUCUAAAAGUACAGGAUUUUUCUUCAUUACCUUUUUAUUAUUGACAAGGGAGGGAAUCAGAGGUACAGAUCAAGCUCCACCUGGAAAAUAUUGAACUUUGUUGUUGAACAAUAACCAAAUAAAACAAUUAACUAUAUUAAUUAGCAUGGUGAAAUGACCUUUUCCUUCCAUGUAGGGUACCACUAAGCCAUUCUAACAGAUCAGUCACUAGCAGGAGCUACGUAAUUGAUAGACGUGUAAGCUUACCAAUGAGCUCACCUUCAGAAUAUUCUGCCUUUUAGCAGACAUCUUCCCCUGAAAAAGUAGCAUAUGUGCUAUCAGAAAAUUAAAGCAUAUUGACUUGGAUUGAAACAGAGGUGGAUUUGUCCAGAUUUUUAACUAGUAGUGGUGAGCACUUUAGAUACACGUGAAUAUCUGGAAGAAGAAUCUGGCCCCUGGCAAAUAAUCCAGACACAAAAUUUCAGCUAGGAAUAAACUCCUUUAAUUGCCAACUGCAUAGUCUGAUGCUGCUGCUCUAUUGCAGUGGUGUUUUAAUAGGAAGGGAAACAGUUAUUCAUCCCACCAUCUUAAUAUUCUGGUGCUGUCAUGCCUGAGAGCUGCAAUUUUUUAAAAGCCUACACAAAUAUAAUUCAGAUUGUACUCAAUCUGCCAAGUUACUGUACAUCUUAAUAACUUACACCUGGUGGGAAAACUCUCUCGAUCAGACUUAAAUGUAAAUACAACUAUUUUUAACUAAACAAUUUUUACAGGGUCUGAAGAAUUCUUUCACAGGAAGAGUUUUUAAUAUUCACUCUGCUGCCUACGGUGACUUAUUUUAUUUCUGUCCUACUGUUCAUUGCUUUUGUGCACAUAAAUACCCCCACCCUCCCUAUGAAGAGUUUUCUUGGUGGGCGUGUGGGAGAAUUACUAAUAGCUACUAUUACACUUUGGUCUACACAACAUUUUUUAUGGCAAUGUUCUGCAUAAAGCCAAACUGCUUGAUUUAUCUAUUGUGCCUACUACCUGAUGUAUCUGAUGAAAUGCUAACUUGUUAAAUGUUCCUUUAUUUCUAUUUUAAUGUGCACAAAGAAUACAUAUUUAAAACUCAUUGUUUCAGUCCUAUGAUGCAUGAUCAGAAUUGUAACAAAACUAAAAUAGUUCAGAAACUGGUGAAGUAAAAUAUUUAUUAAGCCUUUUGACUACCAUGAACACUGCACAAAUUCUCACCGUCACCGUGCUGAAAUUUACUGGAGAAAAAGCGUUGUAUCUAUUGCAGACUUGCUAAGGUUUACUGAAAGGGAAGGAGAGCUACUGCACCUACCUACAACUCUACCAUCCUAGAAUUAGCCAAGAAACAACAACCAGAAGUGGGCAGAUAAAGUAGCUGCUACGCUCUUCCACUUUGCACCCAGCUUUUCCUUUUGGAGGGAUUUAAUUCAUUAGGUUACUGAAAGUGAGCGGAAUACAAUGAAUCGGACUGCUGUUCACUUCUUACAGGAAUCCACUUCAGUGACAAUAGGACUGGCUACAUUUCAACAAACUGUCACCCUCUGGCACAUGGCCCAAAGCUGUUUCAGAUAGUGCUGCUGUUUCAUGAAAGGUCAAAACUGACAAUUGAGCAUGUCACCAAAACACAAAAGUGCAUGAUGUCAGUACAGAGAACGUGUGUUGCAUAGAAACAGCCAUUGCCCCGAGUGGGGUUGGAAUAUG